UUAUUAUUAUAAAUUAGUAAUCAGUUUACUCCUGCAAUUCUGAUGGAAGUUUCUGCUUUCAGCUCAUUGCAUUAGAUCCAGAUUUAAAGGAUUCGAGUCAUUUAUUUGAUCCGUUUCACACCAGACAAUGCAAGUAAAUCUCCCUGCUGUUUUUCUGUGUUUCAGGAUCUAGGGUGGGUCUUUUUGAAGUGAAAGACCUGAUUGGAGAAGGAAGUUAUGGCAAGGUGUAUCUGGGAUCUCACGUAUUUAAUGAGAGAACAAAGGUUGCCCUGAAGUACAUCAAGAAGCGUAAACAGGACCGUUAUCUCGACGUUGAUGGUCAUUCCAAACCUGUGCUUGCAGAAGUGGCAAUCAUGCUUAAGUUGAUGAAGGACCCACCUUGUCCCAGCAUCAUCACAUUACACCACUGGAUUAAGAAUAAGAACGACUUCGUUCUCUUUCUGGAGUACGCCGAGUCAUCCCAGAUUUUGGCUUAUUAUCUCAGAAGUUCAUUGGACAUUGAUGAAAACCACGCACGCCGGUUAAUGUGUCAGUUGAUCCAAGCUGUCAAGUUCUGCGCUGAGCGUGGAGUUUUCCAUGGAGAUAUCCACUCGGGGAACAUCCUGGUGACUCAACCCCGAUCAGAGCUCAAACUGAUUGACUUUGGUUGUGCUCGGCUAAUUACCAGCGAGCCUUUCAACAGCAGUGAUUAUCGAGGAGCCUUACUUUACACACCGCCUGAGGUUCUGAGGGAUCCCACAUUCUUUCCUAACCCGGCAUACGUCUGGACAUUAGGCCUCAUCCUGUAUGAAAUAUUGCAUACCCGAUUGGCCUUUUACGACACGCAUUCGAUAAUCGUUGGAGACCUCCAGACAGACCUCACCUUAUCUUUAGAUUGCCUGGACCUGAUUUCCCAGUGUUUGGUCCGCAAUCCAGAGAAGCGACUGCAGUUACAUCAGUUAGAAGAGCACCGGUGGUUCAAUCCAACGAGCCCAAAUCCUGUGCAGCAGUGAGACAAGAGGAG